AUGGCAGACACGGAAGCGCCCGCCGAGUUCCAAAUCAUCACCACCCUCCGCUACGAUGCCAGACUUCUGGAACUGCCCGGCCAGGGCUUUCCGACAGCCGCUUGGAAUCGGACACCGUCGCCAUGGUACAUGCUGGACUACCAUCGAGACAGGAUGCUGAGGGCCGUCGAAUACUUUGGGUUUCAGUCAUUCGACCAACUAUAUAGAGGGGAAGCCGGCCUGAGGAGGUUCGAGUCUCUGCUACAGUCAGAGUAUGACGAAAAGUACGCAGCUCGACGUUCCAAGAUGUGGCGCGUCAAGGUGCUGCUGGGCCACACUGGCAACACGCAAUUUGAAUUUGCACCCCUUAGUGAUGCCGUCCAAGACGUCACCCCGUUGAACAAUCUAUUCCCUAGCUGUCUCCCUGCUCCUACUGGUUCAGACAUACCUCCUUCUGUAUCCAUUGACUCGUCAAAACCGGCACUUACAGGAUCUCCCUGGGUGAUCCUCCUCGACGUUCAAAUCAUAAAACCGGAUGCUUUCACCCACUUCAAGACUACAAAACGAGAAGUGUAUAACGACGUCCGGUCACGUUUCAACUUGACGCCAGCGGAGCGCACCGAAGUCCUGGUCCAAAAUCCGGAUGGCGAGGUAAUGGAAGGAACGAUAACUACGCCUUACUUCUGGAGGAAUCAACGAUGGGUCACUCCCCCAGUCUCAAUACAUUCUCACUGGGGCGGGAACGACGGGACCACGAGGCGAUUCGCUCUAGAACGCGGCAUCGCGGCGGAAGAGGUUAUCCUGGCCAGCAGCAUCACCGACGGCGAGUUCUGCUGGUUGAGCAACGGUGUCCGAGGCUUUAUGCCUGGCUUUGUCCGCUUGGCAUAG